UGUCUGUGCUCAUAAUGUCGGGCAGAAAGCCCCGCUGUGUGGCAAACCCUCUGGAGUCUGCGAUCACCACCCCGAGUGAGAGGAUCCUGAAAGAGUGCCACAGUUUAUAUGUGGACAGCGAAAACGGGCUGGUGAAGAUUGCCAGCAGCCUCGGAGUUCGGCUUUUGCCUCCCAGAAAGAAGAUCACUGUGACGAUAAUGGGGAACCACUCUGCAGGGAAGAGCUCCUUUAUUAACUGGUAUGUUGAGGAGCACAUACAGAAAACAGGCGUCGCCAUUGAAACGCAAGGGUUUACGUUCAUCACGAGUGGUCGCAAAAGAGAAUCACUGACGGGGAAUGCAACGCUGCAUCUCUACCCUCACUUUCGACCACUCCUUGAGUUCAAAGGUGUUAUGGACUAUCUAUCUGCCGAGAUCUCCACCUCCAAGCAGAAGAAGUUCAGUCUGGUAACAUUUGUGGACACUCCGGGUUUGGUGGACGGAGACAUGGUCUACCCUUUUGAUGUCAACAGUGCAAUCACCUGGUUGGGAGAGCAGUCUGACCUGAUAUUUGUGUUCUUCGACCCAAUGGGUCAGGCACUCUGCAAACGCACACUCAACAUUGUGGAGAAGCUGACUGAGAAAUGUGGAGACAAACUGUUGUUCUACCUCAGCAAGGCUGAUGAAGCUGGGAGGGAAACAGACAGACAGAGGGUGAUGAUGCAGAUAGUUCAGGAGCUGUGUCGCCGUCCAGGUCUCAACAAAUGUGGUUUUGAGAUGCCUACAAUUUAUAUCCCCAACCCACAGAGGCCGAGCCGCUGUGUCAACCAGAUCGACGGCGUGUGUCAGACCAUCGAGAAGACCAUCAACCAGGCUGUUCAGAAGACUUUGGAUCAGCUGGAGAAAGACUGUGACCUCAUUUGUUCCACCAUCAGCAGCAGACUGGAGCAGGACAGGGCUGAUGUGACUCACAACAAAAGUGUCCGUCUUCACUCGUUCUUGUACGGCGCUCUGGGUGUUUUUCUUCCCGUCCUCUUCAUCCUCAGUUUCAUCAUGAACACCUUCUCCAAAGAGCAGCUGGAUGAGCUGUUGGGCGAGGGGCCGGCGCGGACUGUCUCCAUCUUCACAGGAAUAGUGAUGUAUUUAUGGGACUGGAUUCCAGAAGACGGACAAGUGGUGUUUGUCAUCAUUUUUGGAGGUUUUUGCUACCUCCUGCUUUUCCUAGCAAAGUACUAUGCAGGUCGAGGGAAUAAGACGCUGACGAAGAAGGAGAAGAGGACGAUGGCAGAGUACAGCGAUUAUAUCCAAGAUAUCGUCAAAACUAAGAAGGGGAAAUUGUAUGAAUGGUACCUCCAGCAGUGCGCAGCAGAGUAUGACCUCUGACCCCGGGUAAGCUGAAGACAGUUUACACACGUGUGCCGGGAUAUUGCUACAAGAUUUUUGUGAAAAGCGGCUCAUCUGCCACUGUGCAUCAUUUAGUGUUUAUUGUUGACUCAGUGGGACUUUUCUGAACAGAUGAUCAUACAUGAAAUGAUCAGGUUUUUCUCAUCUCAGUCGGGCAAGUACAACCUCUCAAUGCAGCACAUCACUGCCAACAUGUAUCAUCUCAAGAGCUUCAAUUAAAGGUACAGUUUGAAAGAUUUAGGGGCAUCUAUCGACAGCAAUAAAAUACAUUAUAAUGAUUAUUUCUUUAUUAGAUAAUAAUCACCUGAAAAUAAGAAUUGUUGUAAGAAGUGUUUUCGUUACCAUAGAAACAGCCGUUUACAUCUACAUACAGAGUGUGUCCUCUUCUACAGAGUCUGGUGCGUUGUUUCUAUAGUAGCCCAGAACGGACAAACCAAAUACUGGCUCUAGAGAAUUAUUCACGUCGGUCAAUGAAGUUUCAGUUCUGCAACCUCACCACUAGAUGCUACUCAAUUAUACAGACUGGGCCUUUAAUGAUUAAUACGAAGUGCCUUUAUUAGUCAGUGCAGAAGAACCUGUGAUUGUAGUCGUUUGUUGAAAGCAUAUCUCAUAAUGUGAAUAGAUUUUUUGGGGGGGGGGGGGUUUGUAGUUCAGAAAAAAUCAUGCCAGAAAGAAGUGUUUACAAACUUUUUCGCAAUUUUGUUAUUAGUGAUUUGUUGCUGCCUCCUGCUAGCAAAAUGUUUUUUUUUACGAUGUACUCCAUUAAGCCCGUUCUCAAUGUUCUAAUGUAGUCCUCAACUCUCACAGCACCGUCCUGAAAUCUGUCAUGUUGUCUUUAUGCAGUACCACAAUGUGCUGCACUUUUCUUUGACUGCAAGCAAUAACAAAUACUGUGAUAACUCUUGGGCAUUAUGACCAGAUAUUUUAUCAAAUAUUUUCAUACCAGUAAGGCUGCCAGCUUUGUUCUUCCUCCAAAGCAUCCUACUGUCCUACUAUUAGACAUUUGUUUUGUUGUGUGAUUUGUGCAGUCAUCACGUUUUCACAGAUAAAACGUUACGUGAUAGUAUUUAAAUACACCACAGUCAACACCUGUGGUACUUGAUUAGAAAAGUUUAGUAAGCAGUGAAGUCUGCCGCUGCACUGAUGUGUGUCUCCUAGUUGUUAAAGAGUGCUGAACCCUCCUUGUGUAACUUUCUGACUACAACACCAUGUUAUGCCUUCACUCCAGUCUUUGUAGAUAUAUUUAUUUGUCUUCAAGGUGCUUUUCACCUAAAUAAUGUAGAAAAACCUCUUUGGGCUGUUUGCAAUAUCAUUGUGAACACUGUCAGUUUGUAUUUUGUGUGUUAUCUUCAGUUAAGCUGCAGUUGUUAACUUUCAUUAAAAUAACUUUUUAUCAUAUUUGCUAAAACUGUCAUUGUGUUCACUUCUUAUUGCUUCUAAACUAGGUGGUGCUGAUCGAAUAUGAGUCAGGGUCCUGUUACUGCAUUGCCUCUUUCUUGCCUCAAAUGUUUUCAGAAACAUAUUUUUUAGCUGUAACAUGAGCAUUGGUUUGGGCUUGACUGUUUCUAAUAUGAAAUGCAGGUCACAUUCUCAUUUUGCAGCUAAACAGUAUACAAAAAUAUGUUUCUGAAAACAUUUGAGGUGAGUAAUAGGCAAUGCAGUAACCUAAUCUUGAUUUAUAUUUUAGCCUAGUUUGGCAGUUUGCCACGGCUAAAUUACAGACUACUUGGUUCUGACUGGUUAUUUUCCCUCAGCUUCAGUUCAUUCGAAUAAUUGCCAUCAGAAGCACUGUGAGGAGGAAGAGGAACAAUUUAAUAUCUCAUAUAAUACUGUGUGGAUGUCAUGACAGUUUCAGCAAAAAUUACGUUUCAGGAAGUUACCAACUGUAGCUUUAAAGGUAUAGUUCAGGGUUUUUGAGGGGGGGCUGUAUGAGAUACUAAUGUCAGUGUAUUACAUACAGUAGCUGCCAGUCGGCGCUCUUCCAGUUUGUAGAAACAGACAGGGUGCGCACCCACAGGGGCUGAUAUUAAAACAUAUUUUAUCCACUUCAAAAAAGGCCUACCUUAGUAUCAUCAUGAGUAUCUCAUACAACUAUCACUUUAAGGAAAGUCUUUGUGUUUGAUUUAUGUCAUUUAUAAAUUUGCGAAACUUUUGUGUGUGACUUUAUCUAUUCUGUUGUUUUUCCCAGAUUUGACUUGAAAUGUUUUUAAGUAAUCCCGACUCAAAGAAUGAAACUUGUUGAAAACCUGCAAACUAUGCUCUUUUUUGAAAAUCAUUAAACAUUUUCUACUGA